ACUACCCUCUGCUUCGACAGUCGGAGAUGAAGCCGUCUGCAGGCGACAAACCGAGCACGGACCCACUGCUGCUGCUCACAUAGUUUCCCACAGAUGUAUUUACACCAGAGAAGAGAAAAGAAAAUGAAGAUACCGGGUCUGUCUGCUGGAUUGAGCUGAAGAAAAACUUUAAACGGAAUUUUAAAAAUAUAUUUGACAGUUUUUUGGAUCUUAAACUUCACAAAAUUGAACAGAUCCUCCUGGUGUACCAGUGUGAAUCUGGUUGGGACCCUUUGUGUGUCAGGGGGCUAUGGUGAGGCCAUGCACACAGGCUGGUGUGAGGAGAGACGUACCAGCAUCAGUGGAGGAAGACAGAGAGGUAAAGGAGUGGAUCUUCCUUCAUGGCUGUGCGUCUCGCUCUUUUUCUCCGCCCUCUGGGGCCAAGUGUAUCCGCAGUGCCCGGACAGCUGUCACUGCGCCUGGGACACAGCCACGGUGCUGUGCUCAGAUGCCGGGCUUCGGGAGAUCCCAGAGGGGAUCCCGCCGGACACCGUCUCCCUCCACCUGGAACGCAACUACAUCCGUAACAUCCCUGAGAGUGCCUUCAGUGACCUGGUCCACCUGCGGGACUUGGACCUCUCCCACAACCGUAUCGACUCGCUGGCCUCGGGGGCCCUGCGACAUCUGGGGCCUGAGCUGCGCCUGCUCGAUCUCUCUCACAACCAGCUGAGGCAGACCAGCAGAGAUGAGUUUGGCUCCACACGUGCAAAGACUCGCCUCUAUCACAACCCCUGGCACUGUGACUGCGCCCUUCAGGAACUGAUGGAGACUCUGAACCUGGAGCCUGAGACGGUGAACGGGAUCAUUUGUGAGACCUCGGUGCGGGGGUUGGGUGAGGGGAGCAGGUGGGAGGACCCGGGGUCGCAGGGCGAGCAUGCAGGUCAGCCUCUGGUUAAACUGCUGGAUUCUGGGGUGAAUUUCUGCAGCCUGCAAAGGAAAACUACAGACGUAGCCAUGCUGGUGACGAUGUUCGUGUGGUUCUUCAUGGUCAUUGUGUACGUGGUGUACUAUGUGAGGCAGAACCAAGCUGAGGCCCGCAGGCAUUUGGAGUACCUGAAGAGUCUGCCCAGCCCACGCAAGACCCCCACAGAGACGGACACUCUGAGCACCGGAUUCUGAACUCCUUCUCAAAUUUAAUUGAAAGUGACUUAUAAUCCAAACCUGUUUUGAUGUAGAGCCACUGCUAAACUUCAAAAAUGCUGUGUGGAUUUACUGUAAGUCCACUGUGGAAGAUACUGAUGAAAAGAAAAACACCUUUUACAGCUGUUUCUAGGCGAUUACAAUAUUUCUUCACAUUUGUUA